AUGCUUGAGGUUGAGUCCCUUGAGCAAAAUACUGCAGAUGCACUAGAGAAGAUUGUCCAAAAGUUCUUACAGUCCAAGGAUGUGGCAGGUGACUAUCUGGAUUACGAAUUUGCCUUCCAUGAGAAUACCAUAUACACUAGCCAAUUUUAUUGGCCACCUGGGGAUCAGAAGAGCAUCCCCGAGUCGGAAGAUAUCCCAAGAAGAUACAUGUCGUGGUUGGAAUAUCGCGAAGAGGACCUGGGUGGUGAUGACAUUGAGGUUCACCUACAGUAUGUUGGUUUGAAUUACAGGGAUGUACUGGCCACUCUGGGCUAUGUUGGAAGUACAAAUGAGCUGGGACUAGAGGGAAGUGGAACCGUUCGCCAAAAGCUGCUCAGCGGGCUGUCGAUGAAAGAUGCGGCAGGCAUGGCACUGGUAUCCUUAACAGCAAUUUACUCGCUGGACUACGUGGGACGGGUUCAGAAAGAUCAGACUGUUCUCAUUCACUCUGCAUGUGGGGGUGUCGGUCUAGCCGCUAUUCAGAUAUGCAAGAUACAUGGUGCCAAAAUAUAUGCAACCAUUGGGACUCAAGCGAAAAGGGACUAUCUCGUGCAUAAAUUGGGCAUCCCCUCUUCUCACAUAUUUGAUUCCAGGAGCACAAGCUUUCUUCAGUCCGUAUUAGAGGCAACAGGCGGACGCGGCGUGGAUAUUGUCCUGAACUCGCUUGCUGGGCCCUUACUGCAUGCCUCGUGGGCGUGUGUUGCCCCAUUUGGAAAGAUGGUUGAACUGGGGAAGCGGGACUUUCUCCUCAAUAGCAUGCUCACUCUAAAGCCAUUUAUCCAAAACCGUGCCUUUCUUGGUGUCGACUUCCUCCAGAUAUUCUUAGAGAAUGGGGUGAUAUAUGACAAAUUCACGGCAUUAUAUACCCAGGGCAAUAUUGCUCCUAUUCGCCCGGUCACAGUGUUCGAAGCCCGCGACAUAGCAGAAGCCUUCCGGUAUAUGCAGCAAGGAAACCAUAUUGGCAAGAUAGUAGGAGUCCUGCAGAUGUUACUGUGCUCGAAAGAUGGCGUCCUUGCCGGAAUGAGCUAUGAGUAUUGGCAGGCAUCAAUGGCCCCCAAGGUCCAGGACCAACUCGCAGCUGCAAACACGUUCCUUGAAGGUUUCUCACGAUACCGUCGCCAGCUUGGUCUGCCAUCCUCAGUCUUGGUGCUAGGAGCCGUUGGCGAAGUCGGACUGAUCAGCCGACAACCAAACCUCCUACAGUCAAUGCAAGCUGUUGGUACAUGGCUUCUGGAUGAAGAUGAGGUCUUGAAGGGCUUGGAUAUACCAGACCACUUUCCGAUGCGUCGGAUCUCGACGAAGGACAUGAAAUGGGCGAUGCCAACUGAUUCCCUUGCUUCACUCGAUAUCAAGAGCUGGGUGCGGUGGAAUAUGAAUCUCGAUGUUAGUGUGGCUGAGAUUGCUAAAUCACGAACGGUUGGAGGGCUGGCGCUUAUGACUGCAGAUCGCAUGGUAGCGCAUUACAAGGCUAAGCUUUAG